CUACCACACUACCUUAUGCACACCCGCCUCUCUCCACGGCCACACGCCACUUCUCUUUCUCCGCCCCGAAGAGCACGACGGUGAGGCCAGCGAUCAGAAUGCGGUCCCACCUGUUGCGCUCCAUACCGCGCGCGCCAGCGCUGGCCGCCCGCAGUGGCAGCCGAGCCGCGCGCACCUUUGCCACGACCUCGAGUCGCCACGCCGACGUGGAGCUCACGAUCGAUGGCAAGAAGGUCUCGGUCCCACCCGGAACGGCACUCAUCCAAGCAUGCGAGAAAGCAGGCGCCACGGUGCCUCGAUACUGCUACCACGAGAAACUGAUGAUUGCGGGAAAUUGCAGAAUGUGUCUGGUCGAAGUCGAACGCGCUCCGAAGCCGGUGGCAUCGUGUGCUUGGCCUGUACAGCCUGGAAUGGUGGUCAAGACGGAUAGUCCCCUCGCCCACAAGGCAAGAGAAGGCGUCAUGGAGUUUCUGCUGGCAAAUCACCCAUUGGACUGUCCUAUUUGCGAUCAGGGUGGCGAGUGUGACCUUCAAGAUCAGAGCAUGCGAUAUGGCGCCGACAGAGGACGGUUUCACGAGAUGACGGGCAAGAGAGCAGUCGAGGACAAGAAUAUCGGACCUCUGGUUAAGACAUCCAUGAACCGCUGCAUUCACUGCACUCGCUGCGUCCGCUUCGCAAACGAUGUCGCCGGUGCGCCUGAACUCGGCUCGUCGGGACGUGGAAACGACAUUCAGAUCGGAACAUACCUGGAGACUGCUCUCGACACCGAGUUGUCUGGAAAUGUCAUUGAUCUCUGCCCCGUUGGAGCGCUCACAUCGAAGCCUUAUGCGUUCCGUGCUCGUCCUUGGGAGCUUGCUCACACCGAGACGAUCGAUGUGAUGAACGGCCUCGGAAGCAACAUUCGUGCAGACGCGCGAGGACUUCAGGUCAUGCGCAUCCUCCCCAGACUCAAUGAUGAUGUCAACGAAGAGUGGAUCGACGAUCGAAGCCGUUUCGCCUGCGAUGGACUCAGCACACAGCGCCUCACCACCCCGCUGAUUCGAAGAGACAACCAGUUCCAGCCUGCCACGUGGGAGAACGUCCUGGUAGAGAUCAAGGACAAGUUUGAUGAGCUGCAACCAAAGGGCGACGAGAUCAAGUUCGUCGCUGGUGAGCUUGUCGAGACUGAGACUCUCGUCGCUGCUAAGGAUCUCGCCAACAAACUGGGUUCCGAGAACCUCGCCCUCGAUUUCCCACAAGGAUCCGGCCCACUUGCCCACGGCGUGGACAUCAAGUCCAACUUUGCGUUCAACUCAAAGAUCGUCGGCGUAGAGGAGGCCGAUGUCAUCCUGCUUGUAGGCACCAACCCUCGACACGAAGCUGCUGUGCUCAACGCCAGGAUACGUAAGCAGUGGCUACGAUCUGAUCUAGAGGUCGGUCUAGUGGGACAGGACUUCGAGUCAACAUUCGAGUACGAGAACCUCGGUGCCAAUGUUACGGACCUGAAGAGUGCUCUCAGUGGCUCUUUCGGCGAGAAGUUGAAGAACGCAAAGAAGCCGUUGAUCAUCGUAGGCUCUGGUGCAACCGAGCAUAAAGAUGCCAAGUCCAUCUACGAGACCGUCGGCUCAUACGUUGAGAAGAACAAGGCCAACUUCCAGACCCCAGAAUGGAACGGCUUUAAUGUUUUGCAACGUGCCGCAUCACGAGCUGGUGCUUAUGAAGUUGGCUUCACGGUGCACAACCCCGAGACGGCUAAGACCAAGGCCAAGGUCAUGUGGCUCCUGGGCGCAGAUGAGCUUGAGGCAGUGGAUAUUCCCAAAGACGCUUUCGUCAUCUACCAGGGACAUCACGGUGAUCGCGGUGCCGCCCUCGCUGACGUGGUCCUGCCUGGAGCUGCGUACACAGAGAAGGGGGCUACAUAUGUGAACACCGAGGGACGAGUGCAGAUGUCUCGAGCAGUCACAUCCGUGUACGGCGCUGCACGGGAAGACUGGAAGAUCAUCCGUGCUGUAUCAGAGGCACUUGGCAAGCCGCUGCCGUAUGAUGAUGUUGAGGCACUUCGUGAUCGUAUGGAGGAGGUCUCACCUGCGCUGCGACGAUAUGAUAUUGUUGAGCCCACUUCGCAGGAACUUCAGAGUCUCAGCAAGGUGCAGCUCGUUGAGCAGAACAAGGGUGCCACUGCUUCUGGCGAACCAUUCAAGAAGGCCAUCGAGAACUUCUAUUUCACAAACACCAUCACAAGAUCAUCGCCCACAAUGGCGAGAUGUUCUGCAGCCAAAGCCGCCAAAGACCCUCGCACAAACUUCAUGGCUCCUGGAGCCUUAGACGGCACUGAGCCUACACCAUAUUACGGGCCACCUGAGUUGGCUGCUGGUGCGAGUGCAUAAGUGAAAGGGGCCGAUGGGUGGAGCGGCUGAGACUGUACAUAGGCGCUCGAGGUGUUGAUGAAGGAACAUGCAUGUAUACUACCUAUGAGAUACAGCUUUCCCUACGUGAUUACGCUCCCUCCCC